AUGCAGACAAGAUCGGCCAGUGCAGCAGGUAGACCUAUCCUAGGGCAUAGUGGGGCAGUACUCACUACCACAGCUGUAACUGUUAGCAAUGUCACUACUACAGCCGCCAGCAUUCUAACUUCCACAUCAAAUAUUAUGACAACCGCUCAUAAUGUACCCCUUACCACCCAUAGUGUCAUUACAGGAGCCACAAACGCUCCUCCGUCAGACCUGAACAUACCAGCAACUUCCGCCUUGUCAUCAGCUGCGCCACCACUUCCCUCCGGCAUACAAGAAGCCUCAAACUCUUUUAACACCUCAUUAUGGUCGCAUGGAAGUGUUGCAUCUCCAAGUUACAGUGUCUUGACAGGACUGCAAAAACUGCAGAGCAGGCCUGGAAUUCCGCCAGCAGAUCCAGUAGUCAGUGCAGGGGUCAAAGAGAUCAUCAACUCGGCCAUCGCCUUGUCACAGCUGCAGUACCGUCAGCAAGAAGAAGAGAGGUUGAGAGCUCUUAUACCUCGUAUUGCCGAAGCCACCAGGUGUUCAUUGAUAAUGGGUAACGAUCCAGGAAACAAUUUGUUUCCACCAUCCCACUUGACGAUGUCGGCAGCGACACAUGCACCGGACCGCUCCUCGUUGGAGUCAGCCAUCGUCACUUCAGCAGCGUUGGCGUCAGGCUUAAGAGCGCAACAUUCACAUGUGGCCAUGGGACAUCCACCGCCCUUGUCACAACAAUCAAACUUUGGUUAUCCUCCAGUUCCGAUGGUAAACCCACAACAACCUGUGACGAGUGUACCAGUAUCUGCGUUUAACCAGCCACCACCAAAUCUUGCAGUACCUCCGCCAAAUUUCGCAUUGCAUUCAGCACGGAGUACGCAGCCACCAGAAAGAUUACCGAACAGCUAUAACAUUAGACAGCCAGGAAAUUUACGUGCAGAGCCUUCGGGACGGUGCAAUCUCGAAAAAUGGGGAGUGCGUUUCGAUGGAACGGACAAGACUAUGAAUGUCCAGGAAUUCAUUUUUCGAGAAGGAGCGCUCAUGAAAGACUACAAUUGUCCCGAGGAGGAGUUCGUGACCAAGUUUCACCAGCUGUUAGACCCACCCGCAUUAGACUGGUACUGGAAUAGCCGGAAGUUCAUGCCGUUCCGGACGUGGCGCGAGAUAGAGAGAGCACUCUUGAUGCAAUACCAGCGCUUUGAAAAUGAAUUUCAAAUCCAAAUGCAGAUCCUUAACCGGCGACAGUUACCGCAGGAGACCUUUGAUGAGUUUUACAAUGCCGUUCUUAAACUCCGUACUCAGCAAGAGACGCCUUAUAAAGAGCAAGAAAUGGUUGAAAUUAUGAGAGGAAAUCUUAAGCCAGCCCUUGCCCAGAUGAUAUUUUCGGCGCAAAUUCAAGAUUUGGGGGAGUUCUAUAGACAGGUGAAACGAGCUGAAACCUUAAUUGCGAGCCAUAGGCAGCAGAGGUAUGCCGUGCCCCAGAGAGUUCAUGAGCUUGAUUGGCAACAAAAUGAAGAAUUUUCAGCGGAACCGAUGCAUUUACAGGCACAACAACACCACAUAGUGCAGACUCAGCAACAGCAAGUGCAUAUACAGCACCAGCAUUUGCAACAACGCCAACAGCCAGUGGCACAACAUUUUCAGCCACUGCUGUCGGAACACACAAACCGCCACUAUGUACAAAUCCAACAACAGCCAAUUUCACAUCAUAUCCAGCACCAGCAGUCUCAACAACACCAACAGCCAGUGGCACUACAUUUUCAGCCACAGCUGUCGCAACAUACAAACCACCACUUUAUAGAAAUUCAACAACAGCCAGUUUUACAUCAUAUUCAGCAACAACAGGAAGAACAAAAUCACCAAUCCAAUCUCAAUUUGAGGCAGAGUAAAGACAGUGAUCGCGUAACGGGUGUGGAAUCAAGCUAUGAAAAUGAGGAAAAUGAUGAACCGAUGCAUUUACAGGCACAACAACACCACAUAGUGCAGGCUCACCUACAGCAAGUGCAUAUACAGCACCAGCAUUUGCAACAACACCAACAGCCAGUGGCACAACAUUUUCAGCCACUGCUGUCGGAACACACAAACCGCCACUAUGUACAAAUCCAACAACAGCCAGUUUCACAUCAUAUCCAGCACCAGCAGUCUCAACAACACCAACAGCCAGUGGCACUACAUUUUCAGCCACAGCUGUCGCAACAUACAAACCACCACUUUAUAGAAAUUCAACAACAGCCAGUUUUACAUCAUAUUCAGCAACAACAGGAAGAACAAAAUCACCAAUCCAAUCUCAAUUUGAGGCAGAGUAAAGACAGUGAUCGCGUAACGGGUGUGGAAUCAAGCUAUGAAAAUGAGGAAAAUGAUGAACCGAUGCAUUUACAGGCACAACAACACCACAUAGUGCAGACUCACCAACAGCAAGUGCAUAUACAGCACCAGCAUUUGCAACAACGCCAACAGCCAGUGGCACAACAUUUUCAGCCACAGCUGUCGGAACACACAAACCGCCACUAUGUACAAAUCCAACAACAGCCAGUUUCACAUCAUAUCCAGCACCAGCAGUCUCAACAACACGAACAGCCAGUGGCACUACAUUUUCAGCCACAGCUGUCGCAACAUACAAACCACCACUUUAUAGAAAUUCAACAACAGCCAGUUUUACAUCAUAUUCAGCAACAACAGGAAGAACAAAAUCACCAAUCCAAUCUCAAUUUGAGGCAGAGUAAAGACAGUGAUCGCGUAACAGGUGUGGAAUCAAGCCAUGAAAAUGAGGAAAAUUAUGAAGGUGGUACAUCAUAA